GGAGUUCUUUCACAGGCAAGAAAGAGGGAGAGGGAGAAAAGCUAAAAAGAGAGGAGGAGGCAGAACUCUGAGUCCCAAGGAUCCCUGAUUGGCUGCCUGGCUCUUCUGCUAUGUGACCUCCAUAGCCCAGCAAUUGUAUUUUAACCCUGUCCAAACCAUGUGAUUGUUGUUUAGCUUGUCCAAGCUUUGCAACCUUGACAGGGCACCUUUAUCUGCCUGCUUCCCCAGUCAUACUGGAAUAGUCUGGAAUGUCAUGGCAGAAUUCAGUGAGAAUAGUGAUACCACUCUGGUUUGAGAGUUGCCGUUUCCAGUGACAGAAGAGGAGCACGGAGUGGCUGUGCAAGUUUUCACAGAGGAAAGUUGUUGCUAUCUGCAGAAUACUGAAGAAGCUAGGUUUUUGAAGUAGCUGGACAUGUUCACUGUCACAAUGCUUCGGCGAGGAGCUUGGAGAUACUGGAACAGUCAGCGCACCAUAGCAACCAUUGUUUCUGGCAAUAAGACAUCACAACAGGUGAGGGAACGACUGAAGAAGGAGAUAGCAGAGAUGAAGAAUCAGUUCCCAGGAUCUAGGCCAGGUCUGGUUGUGCUGCAGGUCGGGGACAGAGAUGACUCAAACCUCUACAUCAGCAUGAAGCUCAAGGCAGCGGCUGAGAUUGGAAUCAAUGCAAACCACAUUAGGCUUCCCAAGACAGCCACUGAAGAUGAAGUUCUAAGAAGCAUAGUUGCAGUCAAUGAGAAUCCUGCAGUCCAUGGUCUUAUUGUACAACUGCCCCUCGACUCCAUCAACCCAAUAGACACAGAAAAAGUGACCAAUGCCGUGGCCCCAGAGAAAGAUGUUGAUGGCCUGACCAGUAUCAAUGCAGGCAAGCUGUCUCGUGGAGACCUGGGGAGCUGUUUCAUCCCAUGCACUCCUAACGGCUGUAUGGAACUCAUCAGUCAGACCGGUGUGACUGUGUCUGGGAAGAAUGCUGUUGUGAUCGGCCGCAGUAAGAUAGUUGGGGCUCCAAUGCAUGAUCUGCUCUUAUGGAACCAUGCCACAGUAACCACCUGUCACUCAAAGACACUUGACCUUGCUGAACAGGUGGGCAGAGCAGACAUCUUGGUUGUGGGUGCUGGCAAAGCUGAGAUGGUGAAGGGAGAGUGGGUGAAGGAGGGGGCGGUGGUCAUAGACUGUGGCAUCAAUUACAUACCAGAUAGCAGUAAACCCAGUGGGAAACGUGUAGUGGGAGACGUGCACUACUCUUCGGCUAAAGUGCGAGCUGGAUUCAUCACCCCAGUGCCUGGUGGAGUAGGACCCAUGACUGUAGCCAUGUUGAUGAAGAAUACAGUUGAAAGUGCAAAGCGGUUUCUGCAGACAUACAGACCAGGGAAGUGGAACAUAGUCUACACAAAGAAGAAACCACAAAGGCCUCAGCCAAGUGAUGUUGAAAUCUCACGUUUAUGCUUGAGCAAACCAAUCGGUCAGCUUGCAAGAGAGGUGGGCUUGUUUUCUGAUGAAGUGGAGCCAUAUGGCAGGAACAAAGCUAAGAUACGACUGGACGUCCUCAAUCGAAUGAAGAAACAGCCUGAUGGGAAAUAUGUGGUUGUCACUGGAAUUACUUCUACUCCAGUGGGCGAGGGAAAACGCACCACUGCUCUUGGUUUGGCUCAGGCCUUAGGGGCCCACCUGAAUAUAAACACUUUUGCUUGUGUGCAAGAUCCUUCUCCAGGAUCCCGUUUUGGUGUCAAGGGGGUUGCUGUUGGAGGUGGAUACUCGCAAAUUAUUCCUUUGGAGGAGGUCAGUCUUCAGCCUUCAGGCCACAAUGAGGUAAUCUCUACUGCCAGUAGACUGGUGAUGGACACCAUUAAAGCACAUGCUCACUUUGAGACCAGGCUCUCUGAAAAGGCUUUGUUUGAAUUAUUGGUUCCACUAAGAGUGGGUCAAAGGUCUGUCUCCCCAGCUCAGUUCAACCGACUAAAGAAACUGGGCAUUGAGAAAUCUGACCCCUUGACCUUAACAAAGAAUGAGAUAAGACGCUUUGUUCAACUGGACAUUGACCAUGCCACCACAACAGAUUGUGGCUCUUUGGAAAAUGAGAUCAUGGCUGUACUGUCACUAAGCAGCAGUGAGGAGGAUAUGCAGCAGAGGCUGACCAAGAUAAUAGUGGCUACAAACAAAUCUGGAGAUCCUGUUACCACAGAGGAUUUGAAUGUCAGUGGUGCAUUGGCCAUGCUAUUGAAAGAUGCACUACAACCCAUCUUAAUGCAGACUGUAGAGGGUACACCAGUGUUUGUUCACACCAGCCCAUUAGCAGACAUUGCCCAUGGCAGUCCCUCCAUCCUGGCAGACAGAAUGGCUUUAAAAAUGGUUGGACCUGAUGGAUAUGUAGUCACUGAGUCUGGUGGUGGGGCUGACAUUGGCUUGGAGAAAUUCUUCAACAUUAAAUGCUGCUAUUCAGACCUGCAGCCAGAUGUUGUAGUGAUGGUGACCACUGUUCGUACCUUGAAGAUGCAUGGUGGUGGCCCCACAGUCCAAACAGGCUUGCCCCUUCCAAAUGUGUAUUCACAGGAGAACCUCAAGCAUUUAGAGAGAGGCUGUUAUUACUUAAAGAAACAGGUGGAGAAUGCACAAGCAUUUGGCUUGCCUGUUAUAGUUGCUGUCAACAAAUUCAGCUCUGAUACCAGUGCUGAACUGCAGCUGGUGUGUAGCCAAGCGAGGCAGGCUGGUGCCUUUGAUGCAGUGCAGUGCACUAACUGGUCUGAGGGGGGCGCUGGAGCGCUGGCUCUGGCCGAGGCUGUUCAGAGUGCUGUGCAAAUACCCGACCUGUUCAGAUUCCUUUAUGACCCACAGAUUCCAGUUGUCGAUAAGUUAAGGAUCGUGGCAAAAAGGAUGUACGGUGCGAAGGACAUAGAGCUCUCACCAAAAGCCAAGGAGAAGCUUGCACUUUACACAAAACAGGGCUUUGGGAAUUUGCCGGUCUGCAUAGCCAAGACACACUUGAAUAAUGACCCCAUGCUGAAGGGGAUGCCCACUGACUUCUUCCUGCCCAUUACAGAUAUCAAGGCCAAUGCUGGAGCUGGAUUCCUCUGCUGUUUUACUACAAAUACAGAAAUGGAAGAUCCCAUGUGGCCCUGUUUCCAUGACAACAACCUUUACAGUGACAAGUAGCUGUAUGGUUACUUUCAAAGGUGGUCAAACUGAAAUUGAUUUAAUUAAUGGUCAAUCAAAGUUUUAAUAAUGGCAAGGAAAUGUUUCUUUUUAAUAUGGUUAAAUUCUUUUUUUACUCUGAAGACACCUUUGGCACCCUAGUCACCUGAAAUCCAGGUGUUUACACUCCUCCAGGAAAAAGAUUGAAACGCUCAACUUUUGGAGAAGACCAAAUUUCCUCAACUUUUUAGUAACAGUUGAACUGUUUUGUUUUAUAUCCUAUGUGAAAACAGUUAAAUAUCAUUAACUAUUUCUGUUUAUUAUCUAGAUAUUUGCAAACUGUUGUUUUGCUGGGUGUAGCCUACUGUCAUCAAUAGUGUAUGACAAGAGAAUGUUUGAUUUUAGGAAUUCUUCACUCAGAUCUCACAGUUAUUACACUGUGUCUUGAAGGAUAAGAUAUUUUUAGCCAUUGAUUUUUAGUCACGAUCAAGCAGAACACAGAUGUUGUAACAUGAGCUGAUGGUCUGUAUGUUUCUUAUCAGUGUGUUUACUUGUGAAAUUAAGUUAGUUUUAAGAAAUUGCUGCUAUUAUCUGAUUGAGUCAGCUAGCUGUCAUAGGCAUAACAGGUUGAUGUUUGUCAAUAUUAUUGAUAGAUUUGUUUAGAUAAAGGGACACAUUGAUUCUAUUAGAUAGCUUAGUCUCUAUACAUUUAUACUACAUAUUUACCUGAGCUAUCAUCUAUCUCUCUCUCUCUCUCUCUCUCUCU